AGUUUUUUCCGGACUUUUAAAAUUUUUAAAGAAUAUUUCAGCUGAAAAAUACAGAAAAAGUGUUACGUAUACUUUGAGUAUAUUUAUCUACUUUUUGUCAGCUGAAUUGCCAACCAAAAUGUUCCUACAAUCUCCUUUAUUCCUUUUUUUCAUUGUGACUAGCAAUGUGAUCUGUGGAUUUAAAAUUAACAAACAAGAGUACCACAAAAGGAGUGGUUUUCUAGGUAACCAGUUUAGUGGCUCUGACAGAAAUGGGGGCGACAGUUCUUCAGCAGGUACUGGUUUUCCGGCCAGUAAUGAAAGACCGGUCAGUUUCAGUGGAAACCUCUUAAAUGCAAACGGUGGAAGAGAUUUCAGUGGCAGCAGCGGUAGCCCGUUUAACUCAAAUGGAAAUGCAGGUAUUUUUCCUGGUAGCACUUCUGGGAGUGGUGGUAAUCAAGGAGGGGAUGGUCCGUUCAGUGGAAAUGGUGGUUCGGGAGGUUUUGGGGGCGGAUCUAGUCCGUUUAAUUCAAAUGGGAAUGGAGAAGGAGGAUUUCCAGGUAGCAACUCAGGAAACGGUGCCAUUCAAGGAGGUGGUGGUCCAUUUAAUGCAAAUGGUAAUGGUGGUGGUUCGGGAGGAUUUGGGAGCGGGUCUAGUCCGUUUUCCAAUGGAAAUGGAGGAGGAGGAGGAUUUUCCGGAAGCAACUCGGGGAAUGGUGCCAUGCAAGGAGGGGGUGGUCCAUUUAAUGCAAAUGGUGGAUCCGGCGGUAGUGGGAGCGGAUCCAGUCCAUUUUCCAUUGUAAACGGUAACAGCAAUAGUGGUGGAUCUAUGAGUUCUGGAGGAAGUCCAUUCAGUAAUGCUGCCAAAGGUGGGGGAAAAGGAAUGGGACCUGGACCUUUUAGUACAGCUGGAAAUGCAGGUGGAUCUAGUCCUUUCAAAGCCAAUGGAGGCAAAAUGGCAAGUCCUUUUAGCACAGCCGCCAAAGCAGGUUCCGGUGAAACUCCAUUCAAAAUUUCCAACUCGGCACUAGGUGGAAAGUCUCCUUUUGGUACAUCAACAUUUCAAGGUGUUGAUUUUGGAAGUAUGGGCGGAGCACUGGCAACAAAUAAUGCCGUAGGAAACCCAAUGGAUGCCAGUUCCUUGGUCGCAAAUUCAGGAGGCCCCGGCGGUCUCACAGGAUCGUCAUUUGCUACAAACAUCGAUACGGACGGGGGCCCAGGGGGGUUAACAGGAGGGUCAUUCCAGGUGGGAACAGAUUCAUCCGGACCAGGAGGACUUGCAGGUGGAGGUUUCCCCCAGACGGACAAUACAAAUGGAGCUGUUUACAUCAACACGGAUUCAGACCUAGGAGAUAGACAAUCCACACGAUUUGACACGGCCAAAUAUGAACAAAUGUUAUCGCAGCUUUACAACCCAAACAAUUACGAAUCACAGCUUCUGGAGAAACCUUUCGACGGAAAAGAUUACAGCAGCAGCAAUUCUAAUUCCUUUGGAUCAGGGGUGAACUACGUGAGAGGUCAUACGGGUCAUAGUUCAGCAGGCUCCCUCUCUGGUGGAAAACAGACAGACGAGCCGGGUCCAUUUGAUACUCGACCAUUCAAACAGGUCCAAAGUCCGUUUAUUUCACACGCUGAAACUCAGUACAAAGGUUCCAACUAUCAUGUGGACGCCGCUUCUUCUCUUGGCGGACAUAACUAUGCAGCUGUUGGUUACUCGGGGGGAACCUAUAAUAUAGAUUCCAGUGCAUCUAGCCGAUAUAACGCUGGAAACGCGGCAAGUUACGUCACUGGCAGUGGAACCGGAAGUUCUAGUGGUUACGAGACUCCUUUUGACAAACACGUGGAUAAUUAUAAUGAGCUCAUAUCCAAUCCUUUUAACUCAAAUAUGAAAUCAGAUCCGGGUAGCGAUUACAGUCACGGUUCCUUCGGGACUCCUUUUGAAUCUCAGAUGCAGAGUGGAGGAAUGGGAAGUGAAAAUCCAGGAGGAAACCCAUUUCGCCAAGGAGGAAACAAAGCUGGGAUGUCUAUGACGUAUAACAAUAGACCCUUCAGCGGGUGAAAAUGACAACCUGCAUGAACAAUCAACACACUGAUGUCACGUUUCUCUGGAAUUGUUUUCUGCGUGUAUUAUACAGAAUAAUAGUUUCAAUAAAAUAUAUCCUUGGUUA